AAGAAGUCCUCUCAGGUUUCUUUUCUCUAUUGAUUUGCAAUCUCUUUCCUCAUCGCCUCCGAAGGAAAGUUACUUUGCUUUUUUUUUUUGGUCAUUACAGCGUCUUCUCUCCUUCUCUGCCAUUCACACCGAUCGGAGCUAUAGUUCCUUCGAUCAUCCCGCGUGGGUUUUCCUCUAUCUGUUUCCCGCGCUAGAUCUAUGGCCUUUUUGGUCAAAAAAUUUGCUCGCAGAGACGGAAGCGAACAAUCUGGGCCGGUCGAGCAAGAAGCUUCCAUCAAUGGGUCUCCAGAGAUCCGGUACGAGAUGGUAACCGGUCGUGGGAUUGAAGCCAUCGUUAAUACUCUGAGCAAAUGGGUUGUGUCUAUUCUGUUUGCUUCCAUCAUUCUUCUGCGGCGUGAUGGUACUGCCUUGUGGGGAAUCAUUGGAUCCGUUUCGAAUUCGGCUCUUUUAGUGGUGCUGAAGCGUAUAAUUAACCAAGCGAGGCCUGCUACAACCUCGCGUACUGAUCCCGGUAUGCCAUCUACUCACGCCCAGUCUAUCUCUUUCAUAUAUGUGUUUGAUGUUUUGUCUGGUAAGCAAUUAAAAAGAACUUGGAACUAGGGAAGCCAAUUGUGGAGAAGAUCUGCCGCUCUCUCUUUUUUUUUAAACUGACUUGGGAAUUAUCUUUUCUUUUUGAUUUUUUUCUCCAAAACAACACGUAUGAGGCGUGAGAGUGCCAGUGUUGUCAUCGUAAUAGUAAACUACGAUGAUCCAGCUUGGUUAAGUGGCAUGACUUAUUAACCUUCUUCUUCCAUUAUUGUUAGAGUUCUCAAGUAUUUUCCCUGUUAAACCCUCUGUCCCCAUGUUAUCUACUUAAUGACAAUUUAGUUGCUCAUUUUUUCAA